GGAAGUGGCACAGAAUGGGAGUGCCUCGCAGUGCCAUAGUGAACGCCUUGAUUGCGGCUUUCAGAGGACCAGCUUGUAGACACGCUGAGCGGCCACAGGCCCGUUAUUUCUGCCUUUCUAUCCACUUUGUCCCGGCUGCGUGUCUGUGGAAUCAUGGCUCUGCGCUCUCUGUGCGCUCUCUAUCUGCUGCUGCUGCUCCAGCUGCUGCCGCUGCAAGUCCUUUCCCAGGGGGAAUUCGACCUGAGCGAUGCUCUGGAUGACAAAACGCCACCAGCACCUGCUACACCAAAGCCAGCAGCACCAGAAGGAGAUCCUAUUCCGGAUUUGCUUGACUUUGAUGACCCCAAAAUUCCCACCAAAGCCCCACCCAAGGUGGUUCCUAAGGUCCCCACAAGCACCAAGGCCCCAGUCAAGCCCAAACCCAAACCAGCUUCUGAUGACUUUGACCUGGCUGAUGCCUUGGACCCCAACAAUGACAUUGGUGGCAAGGAUAAGAACAAGGGGCAGGGAGGUGGAUUUUCUGACAGCGAUCUCAUUGAUGUGAGUAACGACAACACCUACAAACCUGACAAAGCCAAAGGGAGGCCAAGUGGUGACAAAGAUCAGAUUAACCAGUAUGAUGACAGCGGUGAGACCACAGCAGAGGUGGGCACCAUUGCAGGGAUUGCUAGUGCGGUUGCCAUGGCACUAGUGGGCGCAAUCAGCAGCUACAUCUCCUACCAGAAGAAGAAGUUCUGCUUCAGUAUACAGCAGAGCCUGAACACUGACAUGGUGAAAGCUGACAACCCUGACACAGUGGUGGCGACAGAACCACAAGUCCAACAGACUCUUCUGGAGCCGCCCAAUGCUGAGCCUCCGACUGAAGAGAAUGCUGUGUAACACACACACGAAGACACCCCCUACACAACUCAUCCCUACCUAUACACACACACAAAACACGCAUACACCCACACACACACACACUCUCACAGCCACGCUACAGGGCAGACUGUUGUGUAGCAUGUCAUGUUGAUCCUGUAGUUUGUGCUGCAGAAGCUGAGAUUUCUAGUCCUACACUGAAUGUGGUUUUUGUUCUCUUGCCAGUUAUGGGAAUUUUGACAAAUGUACGUGUACAUAGCAAUUUAUUGUUUUUGGCACCACUAACAAUGUGAGUUUCAGUUAUCUGUGGGCUGAAGCUGCUGUGGUAUCGUAUCCAGACACAGCGAGAACAGUGGGGGAAGAAUACAGAAAGAAGUUCUACAAUUACGCUUAGCAGACGCUUUUAUCCAAAGCGACGUACAUCUGAGAGUAGAUACAACACAAGCAAGGAGCUAGUUGAUCUUAUUAUGUUGUGUUGGUGAGAGAAACUCAUCUGGGCAUCUGUGGGGAUGUGCCAAGCUGCUCUGAGUUCACAGAGAUUUAGUCACUGUACGUUGAACUAGGUGGUUUACUUACCGACUGGUUAACAUUUGGGAUACUGAUAAAUGAGUAACCUGCAGCCUGAUUUUAAAAAGAGCCAGAAAAGUUUGUAUUUUGUGCAGCUAAACUUUCAGGGAACCAGAGUAUGCUGUGAUGCAUACCUUUAUGUUUUUAUUUUCUUGUAGUAGUAUUUUUUUUUCUGUGAAUGAAAGAUGUGAAUUUUAAUCAGGACUAUCUCAUACCUUUACUUGCUAUGGAACACAGUGGCUUUCAGUUUAACUUUUUUGACAAAUAAUUGAUCUUCUGUCAUAAAUCAAAGCAUUGAUGACCACUGAAGUAAAUCAGAUCUGAACUGGAACAACCCUUCAUAAAAUUAAGGAAUGGAGAUCUGUAUUUUCCCUCCACUGUGGUGUUGAAUUUGAAUGAGGGGCAUUUAACAAGAUUCUUGUCAUAGCCCUGUAGCAACGGAUUGCUUUGUUAAAUGAUGUGAUAACAUGGAAAUGAUUCACACCAGCAGUCAGCUCCUAGAACUGGACAGCUAAUAGUGAUAGAGACUAACUAAACCUACAAAAUGUGACAUUUUUAUUUCAUUUAUUGCAUUUUCAGUUUGCUGAGCACAUCAUAAUCACUGAUUACUACAGUAAUGUUACAUACAAUAAUAAUUCAGGGUCAAUGAAGUAUCUAAACAGGCUUAAUUACAGUUUGACCCACUUGGUACAUUUAUGGGCUUCACUGGAAUGGAAUUGGAGUUACUGCAUGUAACUACUGUUUACAUCAUUUGAUGGUUACAUCAUUAGUUGCUGCGUGUCGGUCCAUCUACUUCCUCCUCACGUACAAAGUUGCCUUAUUCAGAUUUGGAUCUUUUUUGCCGUGAGGAAAAUAAGGCAUCUGAACAUUUCUGUCUAUAAACUGCGUACGACUUUUUAUAGUGUAAAUAGCCUAAUAUUUGAAAUUGUUUUGUUUCAACUAGCCUUUAAUUAAUUACAAUGCCUAGUGACUGGAGCCUGGAGGAGAUUGGUUUUUCAAAAUGGGGAUGGUGACACUCGCAGUGCACCACCCAUCGUGUUCUUUGUAAAGGACUGAGUGGUUGACACAAUAGCAAUUUAGGCUCAAAAGAAAAGUUCAGACGUUUGAACAUAGUGCCAAAUAUGGAACAUCAGAUAAGCACUCGCUGCACUUGAUGUAAAAAACUGAAGCUAGCUACAUCAGUUCCACUGCAGUUUAAGCUUAAAAAUGCACAGCGCGUGCUUUCUCCGUUGAUCUGAAAGGGAUUUUCUUCAGUGGAAAAAGAGGAAAGGUCAGCACUUUGUUCCGGGAAAAAAGUGAACUGUGAUGAGAUUCGUGGACAGGCAGAAAAUGUUGAAGUUGCUACAUAAUAGCAAAUAUUGUUUGCGCUCUGUUUUCUUGUGUUAGCAGUAGUGUGUGUGCAGAAAAACAACUCUGAAGUGGCCUUUUUCCCAUGGCAGCCAUUUUGACUUGACAUCAUUGUGAUGACUUGUUUUGGGAACAGUAUGACAAGAGCAUAAAAUAAGCAGACUGAUCAUACUGUGAAGCAGGUGGCUAUUAGAUGAAACCUUGUAGGAACCCAAAGCAUAAACUGAUAAAGAUCGGUUUAAAAUCUUGUCAGUAUCCUGUGAGUUACACUGUUACAUCUGGCUUUAGUGCUUUCUGUGUAUCCAUGAGGCCUAACAAACAGAAUAAAUGCAUUCUCUCCCUCAAAACAUACACAAGACUAGUUGUAGUUGUAUGUUCUUGGUGCUUUACUGUCAUCAGCCGUCUGUCAUUGGAGCAAUCUGAAAGCAUUCCUGGGAAUGUGUAGCAUGUGACCUUUAUGCCUAACACCUUUGAAGCUGUUGCUCUACAGAGUGCCUUUAACCACAUUACUGUCCUGAGAACAGGUAUUCCACUGUACCAAAAGAGGAUAAGAUUACAUGAUGUGUAAAACCAUGCUAAAAUUUCUCUAAUGCACAAAACAGCUGAGCGUAAGGUUGUAUGUAAGCCCUUAUUAAAUACUGUGUGACCCUACUUGUUGCACUAAAUAUGAUUACAGCAACAGAAGGCAUCCAUAUCAGUUAUCAUGGGUGAUGCCAAUGUUCAGUCCAGAGACCCUGUGUUUUUUUUCAGGGUUGAUAUUGUGUUGUCGCAGCCUGCUACAAUGGAUUUUACUGUCUGGCACAAGAUCAGGGAAGAAGCUGUUUUCCGGCUUCACUCUGUCCCAAACAAACUAGAUGAUAUGUUUUCUUGUCUAUAUUCACUACUGUUAAAAAGUUUGGGAAAGAAACCAUUUUUUUCAAUGUAGAUAACAUUAAAUAAAUCAGAAAUACAGUCUAGAAAUAGUUAAUGUGGUAAAUGACUAUUCUAGCUGGAAAUGGCUGAUUUUUAAUGGAAUAUCUCCAUAGGGGUACAGAGGAACAUUUCCAGCAACCUUCACUCCUGUGUUCUAAUGCUACAUUGUGUUAGCUAACGGUGUUGAAAGGCUAAUUGAUGAAUAGAAAACUCUUGUGCUAGCGCAUGAAUGAAAGUGUGAGUUUACAUGGAAAACAUGAAAUUGUCUGGGUGACCCCAAACUUAUAAUGUAUGUCUACACACAAAAAUAUUCAUACCUGAUGAAAGCUGUGUUCUUUUUGGCUGCGUCCCCCUAGUCACUGUAUCAGAAAGGGAGUUUCAGAUGCUGUUAAAUGAUCAGACUCACAGCUACUAAAGUACACUAGAUAUUCUUCAAAAUGGAUGCCAUGGGAAUAUGAUUUACAAAAGCAGAAAGAAGAUGCAUUGAUGAGAUAAACAAUGGCCGUUUAAAGGCACAGAGGAGUGACUAACUGCCACACAGAACAUUGUAGUUCAGAUAAUCUGCAUUUUAAAAAGGUAGAAGUGCUUUAGCUGUGUAGAUAAUUUUAGCAGCCAUAGGUAGCUGUAGGUUUUAAAUAGUGUCCUAACAAAUACUUUUGGAAAGUUGUGAUGGUUGUACUGUGAGCAGUUCUGUGUUUAUACUAGUAGAAGUCUCUAAGAGCAUAUUUAUGCUCCAUAUUAGACUUAAGUCUUUAGUGUGUGUGUUUACACUCUUCGCCUGCUCUUUUUACACUUUGUACCUGAAAUGAAUUUUCCUAAUAACAUAGCUGAACUUUUGUAGAUAGUUACUGCUUCCUCGUGAGUGAGCUUGUUGUGCGCUGCCAACGAUUUGUUGUUUUUCUUCACACUUCUUUCGUCUCGUGUGUUCUUACAUGAGAAAGCUUUAACUGGGAGACCUGGGCUGCAUCGGAAAACCGUUCACUGUUUUCUACACUGUCUGAUAUUUAGAUUGUUUUAUAGCACUGCUCCAAAUCUGAAGUGGGAGGAGAUUUAAAUUAUCCCACAAUGCAGCAUGAAAAAUAGUGAAUAAAGUUGUCAUGUUUUAUGUGGUCGAGGGUGGCACUGGCAAAGUCAACAAAAGAUAACCGUUUCAUUUGUAAAGGUGGCUGUGUGGAAGUUAACAGAAUGUACUCACUACAUUACUUUUUCAUUCAGCCUGUAGUUGAAUAUUUCUGAGCUUUCUGCAGAAUUUCUCCAAUUAGAAUAUGCACCCACUGCAUGCAUGUCAGCAAAACCCUUUUUUAACGUGAGAGCUUGGGUUCUGGUCCUUCUUUUAAACUGUUCUUCGAAAAAACAGACCAACAACCACCUAUGCAUUUUUAAAACAUAAAGAAGAAAGAAAUACAUGACAUAAAGGUGAAACAUGCAACCAUAACUGGUUAACAACUGCCAUUAUGGAUUAGACUGGACUUAGUAGUGACUGACAGAAUAGUCUGUAUCUACACAGGAGAAAAUGUGUGAAGGACUUUGGAUGUUAGCUCUUGACUUUAAUGUGUAUAAAUCUCUGUUUUUAUAUUUUGUCCUUAAAUAUGUCAAAUACUGAAUGAGUAUGUGUUGUGUGAGAACUGUAAUAGUGUUGGACAGUACAGUCAUCCAGCUGUGCUUGUGGUCUAUAAGAAGUUUGGGUUACAUAUCUGACAGGUUGCAGCGUAGUUCUACACAAAUUCUACACUUUGCCUUGGAGAAGCAAUCUCUUCUAUCCACAAUUCCUUUGUCCACUCUUUUACUCACAGUCCUUGAACACUCCAGCUGCUGCAGCACAACAUGCCACUGCAACUGGUUGCACAAAGAUAGAUGGCACCCCAGUUUUUGCUCUUACCAUGAAACAAAUACUGGGUAUAUAUUCAUCCAUCCAUUCUCUAUACACCACUUUAUCCUCACUAGGGUUGUGGGGGGUGCUGGAGCCUAUCCCAGCUGAUUCGGGCGAAGGCAGGGGACACCCUGGACAGGUCGCCAGUCUGUCACAGGGCUACAUAUACAGACAAACAAUCACACUCACAUUCACACCUACAGGCAAUUUAGAGUAAUCAAUUAACCUCAGCAUAUUUUUUGACUAGUUUUCUCCGGAAGCCGGACUGCCCGGAGAAAACCCACACUGCAAAGAUCCCAGGCCCACCCCGGAUUUGAACCGAGGAUCUUCUUGCUGCAAGGCGAAAGUGCUAACCACUACUCCACUGUGCAGACCCUGGGUAUCUAUUGUCUUGGGGAAAAAAACUGUCAUGUUGGAAGACCUCAGAAGGUAGACCUCUGUUAUUAUAAGUAUGAAAGCUGGGAUAGUCAGUAUUUUUUGGAUUCACUGGACAAAUGUUCUAUACUAACCUACAUCUAGUAAUUCAAGCAGUAUGAACAGAGCUCCUUUUUCAGCCUUUAGAAAAUCUGGAUUUUUGUCCAUGGCUAUGAGGUUCACAUGUACAGGGUGAAAAAAACAAAAAAACGGGAACUUUUUAACAAUCCAAUAAAACCAAGAGUGAUGGAAGAAAUAUAUUUUAUUCAUAGUAAUUGAAACCUUAAACAUGCCAUUUAAGAAACAAUGAUGGAAUUUUUAUUUUUUUUAAAUUACUUCCUGUAGAUGGCGUCCUCCUGCACGAAUGCAUUCUUGAAAUCUGCUGUUGAGAUUCCUCAUUGACCGCUGCAACAUCUCAGCUGGGAUACUGUGAAUUUCAUCCUGAAUUCUCUGUUUUAACUCGUCCAGAGUUCUUGGUCAAGUCAUGUACACUUUACUCUUGAGACAGCCCCAGGUAGAUUUCAAGAAUGCAUUCGUGCAGGAGGACGCCAUCUACAGGAAGUCAUUUUUAAAAAACGAAAAUUCCAUCAUUGUUUCUUAAAUGGCAUGUUUUAAGGUUUCAAUUACUAUGAAUAAAAUAUUUUUCUUCCAUCACUCUUGGUUUUAUUGGAUUGUUAAAAAGUUCCCAUUUUUUGUGUCACCCUGUAUAUGGGCUGACAGAUCUUUGUGCAACCAGUUGUCAAUGCUGUAACACCCCAUUCAGAUGAGAGAAUGAUAAACCAGAGUGUUUCCUCUCAGUUUCUUAGGGGUCUUAUACCAUUUUCUAAAAGCGAUCCAGCAUCUCUUGUGAGCUGCAUUUCGAACUAGACCAGUGUGUUGUGUUCAGGGACUCUGGGUGGUGAGAGUUGCUGUUAAACUGAUGAGUUCACCUUGUAAGACUCACGCAUGGAUAAUCUCUCUGCCCUAUCAGCUGUAAUUCAAAUGGUGCUUUUCUCUUUGCCUUAUUGUACCCUGCACAGUUCCACAGGGACGCGCCACAGUAUUCAUCUAACUCACCGUAGCCGCAGCUGAGCAGGAGCAACAGCCACUGCCUUCAUCUUCUAUGAGUGCUGGGCAGUAGCGGCUGUUUGAUCAGGCUCAGGCUGCCGAGAGCUGAACAUCACUCAAAAUCAAACACAAAACAACAAAACCUUCUGUUGACUGAAUGUAUUCAAUAUCUUCCAUGUUUUAUAGCAAAAACAUUUGGCUUGUAGCAAAAACUCUAAUCCACCAAAGACGUAGUGCUGAUUGUGAUUGACUUCGCCUUUGUUUUACUGGAAACGGAAGAAAAUAAAAAGGAUUGGGUCUGUGCUUGAAUCUGAAUGUAACGCAGAUGACCUCAAGUGCAACAUUUGGAUUCGUUUGAUCACUAGGAUGAGAGUGAGUUGUAGAGUGUAUGUGGACGUAAAGGGUCCGUUUUAUAACAAGUCAAGAAAGUAAAGACGCACCUGAUAUGAUACGUGUGUAGCUGUAUGCUCACCUCAGUACACAAUGUGUGAAUGACUGCGCGACUGUUGGUACUGUGGACGUUGAUGCUGUUUUAAGGUCCUAUCUGGAACAGUGUGUGGGAAUCACCAGACUGUGCUGAACAUACAGACAGUGGAUACCAUAUUAUGACCAUCUGUACAAUCUAAAGUUGCUGCAGCCUUGUGUACCAACACAGCUGAGUUACCUACCAGCAGAGUGUAGCUAAUUUCAUGCUACAUCACGUAGCAGUUAAACCCUGCUGUGGUUUACCCCCUUGUGAAUGGUUUGGUGAUGAUUGGCUUGACACCCUGGGGUGGUGUUUACAUUAGGAGCUUGGAGCACAUCAACCAUUACUGCAGAGGUGGAUAUUAGGCUGCAGGGGUGUUGCUUUGUUUUGUGCCAUUUAGGGAACAAUGGACUAAGGAUGGCCAGUAUUUUACUAAGGAUGCUUUUAAAAGUUCCUAGCUGUAUAUCUUGAACCUUUUAAAUGGAGCACAUUCAAGGAAAUGAUUGGAUAAUAGGAUUUCUGAUAUAAACACAACAGCAAGAUAUCAUCAAACCCAGAUGGUUUCAUUAAAGCUAGCUGCAUUUAAAACACUGGAUUCACUGUUUCACAAGUGCUUCUCUGCAGGAUGCAUAAAAAGUUGAAACCAUGACCAGAGAUCAAAUGAGGUGCUGACCAUAUUAAAAGCUCUGGAAGUUUUUUACAUUUAUGAUCCUACCCUUCCCUGUCACAGAGGGAAGACAUUCUAAAGCCACGUGUUGUACGAAAACGUUCCUUCUGUCCCGAAUAAGCUUCAGUUGUGCAGGUUUGGGCUCAGUUACUUGUUGCCUUGACAGAAGCUCCACAGAAAUUGUCAGGCAGUUUUGAGGCACUGAAAAUCCUUGCUUCUUAACAGUAAAAUGCGACUGAACAAAAGUGCCGUCAAACGUGUUAUUUCUGCUGAAGAAAAGAAACAGUUGUUGCUGUUUUUGCUCAUGUUUCAUUUGGUCUUUCAAAAUGUGUCUGCCUCUUUUUCAUAAUAAAACAUCAGUUUUCACAAUUAAUUGCUGAAUGUUGAUCAAAUAAUUUUACCAUUGGAUCAUUUAAUCAAAUUUAAGAUAUUUGUUGACCGCCCUAUUGUUCAAAGCACAGAAGCCUGGAUCUAAAAAAUUUUUCUCGAGGAAUGAUUGCACUAAACCAGCCGGCUAUGUACAUAAUACCACCAUGGUAUCCUGCAUGGGAUCUGCACCUAUGUGGCAAUUAGUCCACAGUGAAGACACAGUGUGGACACGGGGGCAUGACUCUCACCCCGUCAUGCUGCUGCGCUGCCGGUCCUGUCCCUGCAAUGCUGGUCACCGUGUCAUCCAAAGUCAGACAAAAUCCUGCAGCCUCACUUUAUGAUUCAGAAACAGGUUCUGGUAAACAAGAACAGCCACAUCUUGUUCCCAGUACAGAGCCCAGCAAAACUAAAACUUCACAGAAAUGAGGGCUGCCUUUGUAAGGUCAUCCACCACAAGUACUCCCACUGCUACAGUAUACUGCUCUGAUACACAUACGCACUUUGAUGCAUGCUUUUGUCUACAUACUGUAUUAUAAUUCCUUGUAGCUUGCACGUGUUGAACUGUGUCUUUCAGACAACUGGAUGUUGGACACUCCUUUGAAGUGUAAUAGUGAACUCUGCUUUCUCUCUUAUUCCACUAUGCUAACUUUGACAAUAUGUUACAGGUAUCAUUAUAUGAACCAAUACAAUAAACAGUUUCAAAAGACAAGGAAGACACUGGA